AUGAGUAGCGAAAUUCCGAUACCUGUUCUUCAAGAUUACGGUUUAACUGGAAAAACGGGUUUUUUGCCGGGUGAAUUUCCGGUGACAGAGCUGAGCGAUCCGUACUAUGGCAAAUGGGAGAGCGUGGUUAGGAUUCUGCCAUCAUUGCUUCUCUCGAAGCGAAUCAGGAUGGUGGUUGAUAAGUUACCUCAAUUGGAGGUGAAACCAUCUCUGCUGGAAAAUACAGCACAACUGAGGAGGGCUUACUCAGUCCUUUGCUUCAUUGCAAAUGCUUACGUUUGGGGCUACGAUGAACCCCUCGAUACGCUUCCUGAUUGUAUUGCUCAGCCACUUCUGCUCAUUAGCGAGCGACUGGGACUACCCCCAUUGGCAACAUAUGCGUCGCUGAUUCUUUGGAACUACCAGCCCAUCAUACACGAUUCGGAUCUCGUGGAAGACAUUUUUGAUUUGCAAAAUCUGACUACCAUUAACACUUUCACUGGCGGUAUUGACGAAAGUUGGUUUUAUCUAGUGAGUGUCUUUUUCGAAAAAAAUGGUGGCCAGUGCAUCGAUGCAGGUCUCCAGGCCAUCCAAGCUACGAGAGAGCGGGACUCCAAGAAACUACGCUCUUUGCUGGAGAACAUGGCGCAAGGUAUCGAUCAGCUUGGCUCUCUUUUGAUGAAAAUGGAGGAAAUGUGCGAUCCACAUGUUUUUUACUACCGGAUAAGACCCUAUUUGGCCGGUUGGAAAAAUAUGGCAGAUGCGGGGCUACCAAAUGGUGUGAAGUAUGGACCUAAUGGAUCCUAUCAUCACUUUGCCGGUGGUUCCAAUGCCCAAAGUUCUUUGAUUCAAGCACUUGAUAUCUUAUUAGGGGUGGAGCAUUUCGCUAUGGGCCACAAGAAACCGCAGCAAGAGGCUAUUUCUGCCAAAACUGCAAGCAAUUCGUUCAUUAACGGAAUGAGAGAGUACAUGCCCAGAGAACAUCGGACGUUUUUGGUUCAUUUGGAACAAGUGAGUACUAUAAGGGACUACGUGCUGUCCCAUAAAUCAGAUGAAAAACUCACACUUGCUUACGACGCGUGUCUUGGUAUGCUUAAAUCUUUCCGCGACAAGCAUAUUCAAAUUGUUUCUCGCUAUGUCAUUUUGCAGGCGAAUAAGAAGCCAUUAUCCGGAUCUAAGAGCAAAACAUACAGAAGUGGGCUAUCCAAAGGUCAGGGUAAAAAGGAGCAGACGGGUACAGGUGGUACAUCAUUAAUUCCAUUUUUGAAACAGUGUCGGGACGAAACCGGUAGUGUUGCUGCAAGUGAUUGGGGUAAAAAGAUGUUAAGUACUGGUGUUUUGCAGGUUCAAAGCUCAAGCAGCAUUGUCGGAAUCCGCAAGCGCCCUACUGACGAUGAGAAAUUAGGAGAAAUAGGUGAACGAAAGAGGACCAAGGUAGGUUUAGCGGGCGAUUGGAAAUCGGCCGAUGACGAUGAUGAAAUUGUCAGCCGUUCCACUGGACAUUGGUAA